ACCCUUUUGGUAAAUUGCCGAAGAAAACAAGACAAAGAGAACAGAGAGAAGAAAGAAAGGGUUUCUUCUUUGCUACUGCCACCGACGCGAACCCAAACGGAUUUCGCCGCCGCCGCCCUUACUCUCCGUCCAGUCUCUGCUCCGGUCAGAGGAGGCACCGCCGGCCAUAUCUGCUGCUCCGGCAUCCUUCCUUGGCCGCUAGAUCCGGCCAAAAUCGUCACUGCCCAAAGGUGCCUGCCGCCUCUAUUGUGCCGACGAAGCCCCGCGAAUUUUCCUAUCUCCUUCCACGGCCCUUGGUCCUCGAGCAGAGUUCGCAUCUUCCUCGAAUUUUCCUGGUUCGGAACAGGGAUUGAAGCCCGAAGCGACAGCCUCCCAUCGCGGGCUGAGAAGAAGCCUCAGAAGCACGGCCUGCUCUCCUCUCCGGUUCUCCAACAGCAAUCUUGAUUUCAGCGAUCUCCCUUGGUUCGGAAAAGGGAUUAAAGUUCACAGUGGCCUCCUCUCCUGUCGAUUUGAGCAGAAUCUGCAGCGUUUAGUUUGGCUCCCACAUCGUCCCUUGUUCCGCUUCCACUACGCACGGAAAAAUAACUGUAUUCUUCAUAGCUGAGCUCUGUCACGGAAUGGGAAGAGCUCGCCGAUCCUCCUCACGGUCGUUUUCAUCUGACAGCGAGAGCGCCGAUAAGACUGAGAAAAGAAGUAAGGAGAAAGAGACGAGUAGGUCAAGCCGUCACAAGGAGAGCAGUGGACAAAAAAAGAAAAGACACUCCAAGUCCGAGAGAAGGCGGGAUCAUGAGGAGCGUCGGGGAAAGCGAAGGGAUAGGAAGAAGUUGGAGAAGAGGCAUAAGAGUCGGAGGGAAAAGGAUGGCAGUGACGAUUCAGAUUAUUCUCAUUUUUCAUCUUCUUAUUCCGGUGAGGAUUCCGACUCUCAAUCGUCCAGACCUGAAGCAAUUGCUCGCCUCUUCCUUCAGAAAUUUCCGAAUGCUGCAGAUGAUCUAAAACAGCUUCUUCACAUGAUCGACAGUGGACAAGGUGUUGAUGUAGGAGGAAUUUCAGAUAAGUCACUGGUGAAACUUCUAAGACGUCUUUUCCAAUCUUUAAAUCUAAAAAAAAAUGAUUACGGUGUUUAUUUGUUGCGUCGAAAAGGCAUUCCAACUUUAGAUAUUGUUGGUCCAAUACUAUGCCCAUAUUUGAAAACUGGAGAUAGUCUGCAUCCUGUGUCCAAAGAACCACAUACUCAAGUGUCUUCACCAUCUGAACAUUCACCUAAGGACCAAGCUGAAAAUGACACAAACCUAAAUGAGUUACAAGAUGAAGGACCAACACCUGGAAGAAGAAGAUUGAUUGGACCUGAAAUGCCAUCUCGAGAAGUAUUGGCUGCUGCUGCUGAGUUGACAGAGGCAGAAUGUUUGCUAAGGGAAGCUGAGCUGGACAUUGACAGUGAAUUGCUCAUUGGCCCCCCUCCUCCCGCCAUAGUUUCGGAAGCUGCAUCUGCAAAUGAAGCUGAACGCUUUGAGGAGGUAGCUCGGAUUGUCGGUGCUGAUGUUGAUAAACCAUAUGACAUUCUUGGAGUCAAUUGGAAGAUGUCAUCUGAAAAUAUCAAGAAAAGAUACUGGAAGUUAUCUCUUUUGGUGCAUCCGGACAAAUGUACUCACCCUCAAGCACACCAAGCAUUUGUGUUAUUGAACCAAGCAUUCAAAGAUUUACAGGAUCCUGACAAGCGUAAGAGCCUUGAUGAUAAGAUUAAAAAGAGAGAGGAAGAAGAGGAGAUGAAGGUGGAAUUGCGAGCACUACGUGAAGCUGCUGAGUGGAGGAAAUCACAAGGGAUAUCAAUGGAAGGUGAUGAUGAACUUCUUGCUAUGCCUAUGGCACCCAUAAAUCAGGAUGAGCGGGAACCAUCAAAAAGGGAAGAAUGGAUGACAACAUUACCUCCUGAAAGAAAACCAGGAAUGACUAUGCAAUCAACUUCAUUUAGUAGGACCACUAAAGAGGGCCGAGGUGAUACUAGCGCUUGGACUGACAACCCCCUUGACAAGGCUCAAAAGGCAAAGCAGAAUUAUUUGGAAGCUUAUAAUAAAGCCAAGACUCUCGGCGAUGUUGAGGGUGAAAAGGAAAGAAAGACGAAGGAUGCUGACUUAGUUGACAAAUAUAAUGCUUCAAAACGUUCGGUAUCACUGGUGCAAAAACACAGAGAGGAGAGUUCUCGUCCAAAAAAGAAAGUAAAGCGUCCAGAGAAAGAUGAAUGGGAAGGUCAGCAUCCUUGGAAACCUUGGGACCGUGAGAAAGAUUUGACUGCUGGGCGGAAGAAGGUCAACUUUGAUGCUGACAAUAUGUCACAAGGAUUGUCUUCUCGCUUCUCAUCUGGAUCAGUGCAGAGGAAUUUCUUAUAAGGAGUCCCGUUAACCCCAAAAGGCUCAUCUUAUUAUUCAGAUUUUGAAGACAUUUGGAUGAGGAAUUAGAUCUCUGAACUGAAAUUUUACUCGAGAGUUCUGCGUGUACUUGUUUCUCAGUAUCCGGAUUGCAAGAAUACGAAGGCAAGAUAAAUUAAUUCUCUGGUGUAUAUUUUUCAAGUUGAAUCCUCCAUGUCAGCAAGUUCAGAUCAUAUGUUCUUUGUACUUGCACGAUGCUUGUAACUACAUAAAUCUACAUGUAAAAUCAUAUUAAUUAAAAAAAAAGUGAAUUAAGAUUUAA